GGAGGGGCGGGGCCUCUGGUGGCGGUCGGGAACUAGGGGGGAGGCGGCAACAUUGUUUCAAGUUGGACAAAUUGACAAGAGCGAAAGAUACACUGCGUUCCAUCCUGACCUGGGGCCACGGUGCUAGGCCCUGUUUCCCGCUCCUUGGCCCGGGAAAGCCCCGGCCCGCUCUCUGUCGGGUUCCCAGGCCCCCGCUCCAGGGCCGGGCUGACCCGACUCGCUGGCGCUUCAUGGAGAACUUCCAAAAGGUGGAAAAGAUCGGAGAGGGCACGUACGGAGUUGUGUACAAAGCCAAAAACAAGUUGACGGGAGAAGUGGUGGCGCUUAAGAAAAUCCGCCUGGACACUGAGACCGAGGGUGUACCCAGUACUGCCAUUCGAGAGAUCUCUCUGCUUAAGGAGCUUAACCACCCUAAUAUUGUCAAGCUGCUGGAUGUCAUUCACACAGAAAAUAAACUCUACCUGGUUUUUGAAUUUCUGCACCAGGAUCUCAAGAAAUUCAUGGAUGCCUCUGCUCUCACGGGCAUUCCCCUUCCCCUCAUCAAGAGCUAUCUGUUCCAGCUUCUUCAGGGCCUAGCUUUCUGCCAUUCUCAUCGGGUCCUGCACCGGGAUCUUAAGCCCCAGAAUCUGCUUAUCAACACAGAGGGGGCCAUCAAGCUAGCAGAUUUUGGACUAGCCAGAGCCUUUGGAGUCCCUGUUCGUACUUACACCCAUGAGGUGGUGACCCUGUGGUACCGAGCACCUGAAAUUCUUUUGGGAUGCAAAUACUACUCCACAGCUGUGGACAUCUGGAGCCUGGGUUGCAUCUUUGCUGAGAUGCACCUAGUGUGUGCCCAGCACCAUGCUAGGUGCUGUGGGGAACACAGAAGAAAUGGAAGACACAGUCUCUGCCCGCUGUGCUCCUAUCUAGAAGUGGCUGCAUCACAAGGAGGGGGGAUGACCGCAGUGUCUACCCCAAACCCCGUGACCCGCAGGGCCCUGUUUCCUGGAGAUUCUGAGAUUGAUCAACUCUUCCGGAUCUUUCGGACUUUGGGAACCCCAGAUGAGGUGGUUUGGCCAGGAGUUACUUCUAUGCCUGAUUAUAAGCCAAGUUUCCCCAAGUGGGCCCGGCAAGAUUUUAGCAAAGUCGUGCCUCCCCUGGAUGAAGAUGGACGGAGCUUAUUAUCGCAAAUGUUACACUACGACCCCAACAAGCGGAUUUCUGCAAAGGCAGCUUUGGCUCACCCUUUCUUCCAGGAUGUGACCAAGCCAGUACCUCAUCUGCGACUCUGAUGUCCUUCCCCAAGCCCCCACCCCCAGUCUCACCCUCUUCUCCAGUGCCAGCUUGACCUGGCUUGUCUCUGGGCUACCUGGACUCAGGUGGGCCUUCUGGUCUUGUCUGGCUGCCUUAACACUUGCCUGCUCUGUUGGCAAACCAACUCUGGGGAUAUAGAACGGAGGGGAGCAACAGGUGAAUAUGAAAGGACGUUUCAGUAUUAGAUGCACUUAAGUCAGCCUCCACUACCCUCUCUCUGUCCUCUUAGUCAUUGCUGAGGAGGAUUGAUAUUAAAACAAACAAAAAAAUCUUGACUGUUCUCCCCCCAGGUGGGAUUUACCAUCUCUGAAUGCCCCAUAAUUAUUAUUGUGUUUGGGAGGAUGGGGACAUCAAGCCUCCUGCUGCUACUGUUUUCCUAAAGUCCCAUGGAUAGCAGGGAGCUAAAUCAGAACUUUUGAGAACCAGGGGAAACAAAACCAAAGGGAGGUGUCUGCUUUAGAGGAUUAGGUUAAAAUAGAUCCAGUCAGUUUAUGUGACUUUUAGUGUUUCACCUCACUGUGAACAGACUGUGAGACUGAAGACUCAGCCCAGUGGGGCUACAGAAGAAAACGAGGGCCCCCCAUUCACUUGCCUGUCCCUUCUAUGGGCAAGAGGAAUCUGGGAGGUUCUGGGACAGGGAUUAUACUUCAUUCCAAUCUAUUGCUUCACCGUGGCCUUACGUGGCAUGUUUGAGUGAUAAAGUUUGAGGUUUUCUCUUCCUUUUAGAAUUCUUAGCUCUACAGUUGUCAGGGAUCCCUGUUCCCAUUCCUGUGAAGUCUGCCCCCCCUCCCCCACCUAUAGGAGUGGAAGUUAAGAUUUAGACAUCAUUCUGAGAAUGCAGACACAUUUUCAGGGCUGUGACUGGGUGAGGGGGUUGGGAAAACAUUUUUCUUUAAAAGAAGGAUGAACAAUUAUAUUUAUAUUUCAGGUUAUAGUAGGUUUUUUUUUUUUUGUCAGAGAGGGUGGAUUUGUUGCCAUGUGCACCUUGGGAUUUUGUAAUGCGAAUGUUUUAAAAGUUUUUUUUUCCUUUUUAUGAUUUAGUCUUCCUUCUUUUACCCCUUGUCCUUGAGUGUUCUUCCUAUUAACAUUAUUUGUAACUUAGUUUGUACUUCAUUAAAAAAAAAAAAGAUGUUCCCA